AUGACGGCUGAAGAAACAGUGAAUGUAAAAGAGGUUGAAAUCAUUAAGCUAAUCUUAGAUUUCUUGAAUUCAAAGAAGCUUCACAUUAGUAUGUUGGCCCUUGAGAAGGAAAGUGGAGUCAUAAAUGGCCUAUUUUCUGAUGAUAUGCUUUUCCUGAGGCAACUAAUCCUUGAUGGUCAAUGGGAUGAAGUUCUUCAGUUCAUUCAGCCUCUAGAAUGUAUGGAAAAAUUUGACAAAAAAAGGUUUCGUUAUAUUAUCCUGAAGCAGAAGUUUUUAGAAGCUUUAUGUGUUAACAAUGCAAUGUCAGCAGAAGAUGAGCCCCAGCAUCUGGAAUUUACCAUGCAAGAAGCCGUGCAAUGUUUACAUGCCCUGGAGGAGUACUGUCCUUCUAAAGAUGACUACAGCAAGCUCUGUUUGCUUUUGACUUUGCCUCGUUUGACCAAUCAUGCUGAAUUUAAGGACUGGAAUCCCAGUACUGCACGAGUUCACUGCUUUGAAGAGGCUUGUAUCAUGGUUGCAGAAUUCAUCCCUGCUGAUAGGAAGCUAAGUGAGGCUGGUUUUAAAGCAAGUAACAAUCGUUUAUUUCAGCUUGUAAUGAAGGGCCUACUUUAUGAAUGCUGUGUAGAAUUUUGUCAAAGUAAAGCAACAGGAGAAGAAAUUACAGAAAGUGAAGUACUACUUGGAAUUGACCUCUUAUGUGGUAAUGGGUGUGAUGAUUUGGAUCUGAGUUUAUUGUCAUGGCUCCAGAAUCUCCCAUCUUCAGUCUUCUCUUGUGCUUUUGAACAGAAAAUGCUUAAUAUUCAUGUUGACAAACUUCUAAAACCCACAAAAGCUGCAUAUGCUGAUCUUUUGACACCUCUGAUCAGCAAACUUUCUCCCUAUCCAUCAUCUCCAAUGAGAAGGCCUCAAUCAGCUGAUGCCUAUAUGACCCGCUCUCUGAAUCCUGCUUUAGAUGGCCUCACUUGUGGACUGACCAGUCAUGAUAAGAGAAUCUCAGACCUUGGGAACAAAACUUCUCCAAUGUCACACUCCUUUGCUAACUUCCAUUAUCCAGGAGUACAAAACCUCAGCAGAAGUCUCAUGCUUGAGAAUACGGAAUGUCACAGUAUUUAUGAAGAAUCCCCCGAACGUGAUACACCUGUUGAGGCACAGAGACCUAUCAGCAGUGAAAUCCUGGGCCAGAGUUCAGUUUCAGAAAAGGAGCCUGCAAAUGGAGCACAGAAUCCAGGACCAGCUAAGCAAGAAAAAAAUGAGCUUCGAGAUUCAACAGAACAGUUUCAAGAAUAUUACAGGCAAAGAUUGCGCUAUCAACAGCACUUAGAACAGAAGGAGCAACAGCGACAGAUAUACCAGCAGAUGCUGCUUGAAGGAGGUGUGAAUCAGGAAGACGGUCCUGAUCAGCAGCAGAAUCUUACCGAACAAUUCCUUAAUAGGUCCAUUCAAAAGCUCGGAGAAUUAAAUAUUGGAAUGGAUAGCCUUGGUAAUGAGGUACCAGUGCUCAACCAGCAAUGUAAUGGGAACAAAGGCAAUGGAUCUAAUAAUUCUUCUGUAACUAGUUUUUCUACACCACCCCACGACUCUAGUCAGAGAUUAACCCAUGAUGCUUCAAAUAUUCAUGCAAGUACUCCUCGUAUUCCUGGCUCAGUAAAUCAUAUACCUUUUCUUGAGGAAUCACCUUGUGGAAAUCAAAGUUCAUCAGAACUUUCGGUCAUUAAGCCACCUCUUGGAGAUUCUUCAGGGAAUCUGUCAAGAUCAAGAGAGGAAGAGGAUGACAAAUCAAAGAAGCAGUUUGUUUGUAUUAAUAUCCUAGAAGACACACAAGCUGUUAGGGCAGUGGCUUUUCAUCCAGGUGGUGGUCUCUAUGCUGUUGGUUCAAAUUCAAAAACUCUGAGAGUAUGUGCCUAUCCAGAUGUAAUUGAUCCAAGUGCACAUGACAUACCUAAGCAGCCAGUGGUACGUUUUAAAAGGAAUAAACAUCACAAAGGAUCCAUUUACUGUGUGGCCUGGAGUCCCUGUGGGCAGUUACUUGCGACAGGGUCAAAUGACAAAUACGUCAAAGUGCUGCCCUUCAAUGCAGAGACUUGUAAUGCAACAGGACCGGAUCUGGAAUUUAGUAUGCAUGAUGGGACAAUUAGAGACUUGGCAUUUAUGGAAGGCCCAGAGAGUGGUGGAGCUAUUUUGAUAAGUGCUGGAGCAGGGGAUUGUAACAUUUAUACAACUGACUGUCAGAGAGGACAGGGCCUCCAUGCUCUGAGUGGACAUACUGGGCAUAUUUUAGCACUUUAUACUUGGAGUGGCUGGAUGAUUGCAUCUGGUUCCCAAGAUAAGACUGUUAGGUUCUGGGAUCUUCGAGUACCAAGCUGUGUUCGUGUUGUUGGCACAACAUUCCAUGGAACUGGCAGUGCAGUGGCAUCUGUAGCUGUAGAUCCCAGUGGCCGUCUUUUAGCCACAGGACAAGAAGAUUCCAGCUGCAUGUUAUAUGACAUAAGAGGAGGAAGAAUGGUACAAAGUUACCACCCUCAUUCCAGUGAUGUUCGCUCUGUUCGAUUCUCUCCUGGAGCUCACUACUUGCUAACAGGAUCCUACGAUAUGAAAAUAAAGGUGACAGACCUACAAGGAGACCUCACCAAACAGCUUCCUAUAAUGGUGGUGGGGGAACACAAGGACAAAGUGAUUCAGUGCAGAUGGCACACCCAGGAUCUUUCCUUCCUGUCAUCCUCUGCAGACAGAACUGUAACCCUCUGGACUUACAAUGGAUAG